CCAAGAAAACGAAGACAAGUUUUAAACGGCACUUCCGUUAGCAUCACAAUACAUGACGUGAGAAGAGAAAUCACGAGACAGUUUGAACAACUUAUGCCCCUCAAGUACUGUAAGUCAAGUGAAAAGGUCUGUCCUGCAGGCCCUCCCGGACUCCCUGGUCCAACAGGGGCAAAAGGACAACGUGGCAGGAGGGGACCAAAGGGAAAGAAGGGCUCUCAAGGCCCCAUGGGACCACCUGGAAAAUCCCGAAAAACAGGAAUGACGGGUCCUGCGGGGCCGAGAGGUGAGAAAGGAGUCAAGGGAGAGCCUGGGCCAAAAGGCAUGCCGGGACCACCUGGAAGGCCUGGAAAAUCGAUAUCUGCACCACAAGUAAUGUUGUCACCGGUGAAACAGACAAGGGAUGAAGGAGGAAAUACGACUUUUUAUUGUACAGUUGGAGGAAAUCCUCCCCCUGUCGUCGAAUGGCGGUGCAAGGGUAGAAAGCUUCUGUCAGGUGCAAAGUAUUUGAUUAAAGAAGGAGAGUUGAUCGUUAGAAAUCUGAACUACAGCGACGCUGGACAGUACACUUGUGUCGCUCGAAAUAUUCUUGGAUAUUCUGAGGGUAUUGGCAACUUGUCUGUUCGAGGUAAGAGGCGCAUAAAGUUUGUUAAUAUUAAUAUUAUCCUACUUGAUUUUGUUCAAUUUACACUCUACGCUUCAUGAUGAGCUUCAAAGGCGAGGCUCCAAGGAUUGAGAAGCAUCAUCGUUUAAUCUUGCAGUUUUGUCUGGUCCCUCUCUUUAAUUUCAAUUCCUUAUUUUUCAUGGGCCACUCGGAAUUGUGCGACAUACACGCGACACUUUUCUUGUUUGCUUGCGCGAAAAAUAAGAACUAUUCUUGAAGGGUAAGACACGAGAUGAUGAUGAUGAUGAUGAUGAUGAUGAUAAUACACCUAGGUUUUAAGUUAAGAAACACCGGGCAAAAAGAAAACUAACCACACCAAGAGUUCGAAUCAAGAAUGUUGACGAAAGUAUAGGUUUCACUUCAAAUCAUCAUCAGACUGAACUAGCUUCGAUUUCACUGAAGAGACCUAACGUGAAGGAGUCUGUAAUAACUCAGGACUCAAAGCUAGCCGUGGACUUUUCUUAUUCAAAUGAGGGCCUCUUUUGCUGAAAAUCGCACGUUCCUUCUGUUGUUAUAUAUUAUGGUUCAAGGUUUCAAGGUUUGUUGAUAGUGGAAAGUGCAUUUAGCUUAUCCAGCUAGUUUACAUAGACACACCAUUCAACAAAUAAUUAAAAACAACUAAUAAUCAAAUAUUUUAUAACUACAGUAACAAGAUUAAAACCCCAGCUAGCGCCGGCGGGAAGCAAUCUGGGUUGGCCUUUUACAGGCGUUCCUAGGGAUUUUUGAACUUGAGACGCGACCCGGGAACUAAUUCAGUAAGGUUACAAAUGACAUUCGAACCGUACCCGGCCCCUCGGAUUGCGAGAACGACGCGGUGAUCACCCGACUAGGCUGCAAUUAUCAUUUGCAUAAUUUAUUGCCUGAGAUUCUGAGCAGGUAAUAGUUUUUUCUUACUAAAAGCUGCGUUAGGAAGAAUCUCUCGAGUAUCUGUUUUCUUACUGUGAAUUUUCUCAAAACGUCUAGCUUUCAGUAAACAGAAUGUCUUAAAGGCUUCUCCUUAAAUAUCCAUUCCUUAAUACAGUAAAUUGAUUUCAUAUUCGUUUUUUUUAGCAGGGAUUUAAAAUUGUGUGUUACAUUAAUAUCUUGGGAAAGCAAAUAAACUUCCGAUACCCAAAUCUUAUAAAAAUAAUAUAAAACCUCCCUUGCUGUUACUUAAAACCAAGUUAAAGAGCACGUACCAGUUAUAAUGAUUUCUAACCAAACGGAAAUAAGCUCUCUUAAAAUUAAUGAAAACAAGUGGAAAUCACUGCUGGCUGUCUUUUCUUUUUACCAAAACUGUAAAUAGGUAUUAUAGUACACAUGUUGUAUACAUAUAUAUGGAUUCCCUGUUUCCUUCGUUAAAGCCAUUGGCUCUAGGUAGCUCUGGGUGUGGAGACUGAGUAAGUAAUAGUGACAAGAUUUCAAGGAAAGAGAGAGAAUUAUAAUUAUUGCCUUUUUUUUUCUUUAACUUACAAUUUUCAUUUCAGGUCUUCCAAUCUUCACAACAGUUCCACUUUCACUUGUCUCACCGGCACAAGGUACUAAAUUUCAAGCAAAAUGUCAAGCUGAAGGAUAUCCUCGCCCCGUAAUAACCUGGAGUCGAUCGGUGUUGCCUUUGCCUGCUGGCAGAACUGAGGUAAAUCAAGGUACACUCACCAUUAAGAACUUAAGUCCUGCUGACAGUGGUUUGUACGACUGCGUAGCAACUAACAUUAUGGGAACAAAGAAGACAAGGAUUAACGUGGUAGUGCAACGUCGUUCAGGUUUGUAUUAACCGAUUCUCAUUAGAGGCUUGUUUAUACGGUCUAUUACCGGUUUAGAGUUGAUUGAGGCAGAACUACCUGUAGGCCUGGGUUUGCUAAAACGUACCUCCAGGUUUUUUUCCCAACAUUUUCAUUUGAGGCUUGUUUACUAUUUUUCUUUGUUAUGAAACUUUCAGUACACAAGUCCUCUAACAAGCUUCAGUCGACAUAUAAUCUUGUGUUUGAAAUGCUGUUUAUUACAUCUUUCUUCACCCCCUCCCCUUCCCUACAACGACCACCACUGCGCAUGCCUGCGAUCAUUUUCCAUAACUCUGUCCGUGCAAUGAAAAAAUUUUAUUUGGAAUCAGCGGGCGCGAUAUAAGUUGUUUUCCGCGGUCGGUUAAUGUUCUAGAUUUCUUUUCGGCCGCCUGGAGUAAAGUUUUCGCAAAGGCAUCAUUAAGCCUUAUGAUGGAACGAGUAUCAUCACGAAUGGCAAAUGUUUCCUUUUGCAGAACAAAAAAUAAUUAUAGUCAGUCAUGCAAAUAAAGUUAUUGUUGUUGCUAUUGUUGUUGUGGCUGUACUGGUGAAACACUAACCUCGGGCUCGAGACUUAAAGGUAUUACAUGUAUAUUGCGAGCUCUAUUGCUGUAGGCGGUGACGAGUCUCUGGCCUCAUGAUCAAAAAGUAUGUUGUAGGUGUCAAAUCCAUUAGGCGAGAGCUUAACUAAAUAAAUGCUGAUUUCUUACAGGGCUUGAGACUUGUUUGGAAGGCGGGCACUCUUGCAGCUCUAUGUCGUUAGUCCACAUCCGAGAUCUCAAAUAAAUCGACUGAUUCGCGAUCAGGAAAGUCUACAUGCGGCGAUUUCUGUUGUGGAGAAAGCGAGAGUUAUAGAAAGAGGGCAAUUUGAUGAUGGCUUUACGUUGAAAUCGUACAAAACAACGGGAAAGAAAUGUACAGAAAGCGUGCUGCACGUGCAAAGUUGUUGUUGCUAAUGUUUUUGUUUUUGCUAAUUAGAAAUAUUGAUGCUUUUGCCUUUCUCGUUGCCGUCGCCAUUACACUAUUUAAUUUUUUUGUUUGAGUAAGCUAUAUGUAUAUUAUCGAAAGCUUCUAGUAUAGCUCUUUUAGCCAUUAUUUAAUUGACACCAGGUUUACAUGCUAAACAUUUAGUUCAGUUACGCCCUCCCUGGGAUUUUAUGUAGAUCAUCUUAUCCAGAUCUAUCCAUUUAAUAACCAUUACAAGUUAGGAAACAGUGCGAGUCAUGCGAAAAAAUAUAUCUAAAUAAAAACAAACGAAAAGGCAGUGAUACGGAAGAAAUCAACCGAAAGCUAUACUAACCGUUAUAAAUCAGAGUGUUUAACCCUAAACAGCGCUUAACCCUCGACGACUCCUGUCGUUUUCGUUCGAUAUGGAACGAUGCAUAUCUUCCUUCCUGGACCCAUUUAGCUUUCCGUUUAGGUUAAUGAAUUGGUAAGCAAAAACGCCAGCAAAGAUAGAAUUUUUCUGCAAUACCUCGUUUUGGAUAUUUGUCCCAUCCUGACAGAGUUACACUUACAAAAAAUGGUACUCUUUGAAAAUUAAAUUUGUCCCUUUCCUAAAAAGUUAUUCAGCCACAAUUCCGUGCAAAAGAAAGGCGAUAAAGUAGCAACAAUAAAGGAGGAAAAGAAGGAAAAAAAGAGAGCGAGAGAGAAAGACCGACAUAAAUUGGCAAAGACAGUCCACAUUUUGGCUUUGCACAAGCAGGAAAAACAAAAAAAGCUGUUUAAUUACGUCAGAUUAGUCUUGCAACAUUCGUUUUUCGCAAUUCUUAUGCUACUUAGCCAAAAACCAGUCCAAAAAAGAGGAAUUGUUGAAAAAUGCGGUUUUUUAUUGCUCCUUGCCGGCCGUCAUAAAAAGGUUACUCUUAAUCUGUAAAAUGAGCGCUUAACCCUCAGGUUCGGCGUCAGUAAAAUGAGCGCUUAAGUCGACCAACACUGCGUUAUUCUGCAAAAUAUUACAGCAGCAAAACCUUACCCAAAGGAAACUACGUAAGCAGAAAAUAUUUUGCCAUUUCAUAAAACUAUUUUUUCCAUGGCUCGCUGGCUCACAGAUUGUACGGCUCCAAAACUAACGACCUAGGUUUAAAACCGAAUAAGAACGUACUUCACGCGGUAACAUUCGGAAAUAGAAACUUUCUGAAAAGGCUUUAUUGCAUUUAAACCGCAGGUUGAUCAACUCGAGUCCCAUUCACAACUCUUUUUUCCUUAUUUUACGGAAGUCGAGUAUUAUAAUUAUUAAUCCUUUUUUCUAAGGUUUUGAAGACUCCAUCGUUGUGGGAAACAACAGAAACCACUUGACUUCGUUAAGCAACUGGCUAGCACCGGUGGCUAAAGACGUUUAUUCUCUCUGGAAGCGCUGUUGGCAUGCAUCUGUGGACGGUUGGGCUGCAAGUACAUUUCACUCACAAUGUGAUGGCAAGGGACCGACUGUAACAAUAAUUAGGGUUGGAAAAUAUAUUUUUGGAGGAUACACCAGUAUUUCAUGGGGUAAGUUAUUGUUGUUGAGAGAGCCUGAUCCAGGAGUUAAGAUAGUAGAGCGCGGUCUUCGGAUGGUGGGGAGCAACUUACGCGGAGGAAACGCUAAAAGGAAAAACGAGAACAUCAUCAAAAUGGCCCUGCCUUUGGAUGCACGGAUUAAAACGACGUUAUUUACUUUUGUUAGAUCUUGUUCUCAUCACCCCCCUCCACCACCACCCCCCACCCUUAUCCUCCCGUAUCAUCACCAUUUCCUGAAUUUAAGGACGAUUCUCAUCAUAUAGUUAGCUUCGUUUGAAACUAAAAAGUACUUAUCAGGCUAUAAUGAUCAUGAUCUGUAAACUGGGAUUUCUAGGCUCUAAACUGAAAAUGAAAGAUAACUAAAAAUUCAGUCGGUACACCGCGUUAAAUCAGACCAGUUGUGCUGAGGCAAUUACCAAAAGUAUGAAAUUUGAUAAGAAAAACUGUGUUAAAAAGUUCAGAAGUCAGUUUACACGAAAACUUCAAAGUUUGACAUGGCAAAUGAGGUGCAAACUGCACCUGAGUGAAUUUAUUAUUUAAUGGUUAAAGUAUAAUGAAUACAAAAAUUCUCUGGAAUCAAUAGUUUUUGUAGAUCAAUUAAUCGAAACUCUGGCCAUUAAAAGUCUUGGCAGAUUUGCUCUAACCGUUAUUUGUUUAGUUUUGUUUGUUUGCUUUUGCAUUUUUGUUGUUAAUUUUGGGUUUGAAAUUAUUGUACUUGUCCUACAACUACAAAGUAAAACAAAUAAAACAUAUCAGAGUCAAAUUCGUUUCAAAGUAGAAAACUUGUUUCCAGGAUUACCUUUAGUGUCAAUGCACUUGACAAGUGGUUUAAUUUCUAAAGUGAGUAUCAGAACAAACGGCGCUAAUUACACUUGGUUCCAUCUUUAAUUUCUCUCUGAUAGAUUCCAGCAGUGGGUACCAGUACGACUCCAAAGCAUUUUUGUUUUCACUGGUGAACAAACCAGGAUGGGCACCUGUUAAACUGCCUCAGACAGGGAAAUAUAGUUCAAGCAGAGCACGUUCAAUAUGCCAGUGUUCCUCAGGGAAUGGACCUACAUUCGGAGGAGGACAUGCCAUUUACAUUUCAAACUACGUGUCAUCCAAAAGCGAUUCUUACAGCAGACUUGGCUUUACUUACAGCCCACCGAGCGGGUACAGCUACGACAGUACCUUCGCCCGAACAUUCCUGGCAGGAUCAUACAUGUUCACACCAGACGAAGUAGAAACUUUUUACGAAACAAACUAG